CGACGCUGCCCCCUCUCUCCUUCCGCUACGGUUCUCUUGUUCUUGUUCGUCUCUCCCUCCCCCUUCUCCAGUCUCCACACAACCCGCUCGCUCUCCCGCACCCGCAUCGCGAUUCCCUUUGUCCAAGCUUCGCUAGGGUUAGGGUUUGGCCUCCGUCUGUCCCGUCGAUGGCUGCUGCGGCGGCCGCGCGUCAGAGGUGAGGCGAGGCGCGUGGUUGAUUGAUUCGAGGAGGGGGAGGAAGCAGAGGGAUGGACCCAGACUUCUCGCGGGCAAGCGGGGGGCCGAGCUUCGAGUUCGCCUUCAACUCGGUCAACUUCUCCGACCGGGUGCUGCGGAUCGAGAUCGUCGCCGGGGACGAUGCCCCCGGGGCCAAGGGCGCCGCCGGCGAGGGCUGCUCAUCGCUCGCCGACUGGGCGCGCCACCGCAAGCGGCGACGGGAGGAGCUCCGACGCGGCAAAGAAUCAGGAGCAAACUGCAAAGUUGAAGCUGAAGAAUGUUAUACCUAUGAGGAAGGCAAUGAGGAACCUGUAGCUAUGAUAGAAGAAUCUCCACCUGAUAUUGAGCAAGAUGGUGAGGAUGGACAAAGCAGUGAUUCAUCCUGGAGUAUGGAAUGUACUCAGAUUUUGAGAGUAAAGUCUAUCUAUAUCAGCUCUGCAAUUCUAGCUGCAAAGAGCCCUUUCUUUUACAAGCUUUUCUCAAAUGGAAUGAAAGAAUCUGAUCAGAGGCAUGCAACUCUUAGAAUAACUGCUUCAGAGGAAAAUGCCCUUAUGGAGCUUCUAAGCUUUAUGUAUAGUGGCAAGUUGACGACAAAUCAGCCAACUCUCCUGCUGGAUAUAUUGAUGAUUGCUGACAAAUUUGAGGUCGCUUCGUGUAUGAGGCACUGCAGUCAAUUGCUUAGAAGCUUGCCAAUGACCACAGAGUCUGCACUGCUUUAUCUAGAUCUCCCCUCCAGCAUUUCGAUGGCUACUGCAGUUCAGCCAUUGACUGACACUGCUAAGGAAUUCCUUGCCAAUAAAUACAAAGAUUUGACCAAGUUCCAAGAUGAAGCGAUGACCAUUCCUCUCGCUGGAAUUGAAGCCAUACUGUGGAGUAAUGACCUUCAGGUGGCAUCAGAGGAUGCUAUCUACGAUUUUGUGAUCAAGUGGGCACGUGCUCAAUACCCAAAAUUGGAGGAAAGACGUGAGAUCUUGGGCACUCGUUUGCUGCCCCUUGUCCGUUUCUGCCAUAUGACCUGCAGGAAGUUGCGGAAGGUUCUUGCAUGCAGUGAUCUGGAUCACGAGCAGGCAACUAAAUGUGUCACAGAGGCACUUCUUUACAAAGCUGAUGCACCACAUCGGCAGCGUGCCCUUGCAGCAGAUGUGAUGACCUGUAGGAAAUAUGCUGAGCGAGCUUACAAAUAUCGCCCACUUAAGGUCGUGGAGUUUGAUCGACCAUAUCCGCAGUGCAUAGCAUACUUGGACCUGAAGCGUGAGGAGUGCAGUCGACUUUUCCCAUCUGGGCGGAUAUACUCGCAAGCAUUUCAUCUAGCUGGACAGGGCUUCUUCCUCUCAGCACACUGUAAUAUGGAUCAGCAAAGCGCGUUCUAUUGCUUUGGUCUCUUCCUGGGGAUGCAAGAGAAAGGCUCAACAAGUGUUACCGUAGAUUAUGAGUUUGCUGCAAGGACAAGGCCAUCAGGUGAGUUUGUCAGCAAGUAUAAGGGCUACUACACCUUCACUGGUGGUAAGGCGGUUGGCUACCGGAAUCUCUUUGCGAUUCCAUGGCCCUCGUUUAUGGCUGAUGACAGCCUCUUCUUCAUUGACGGGGUACUACAUCUGAGAGCUGAGUUGACCAUAAAGCAACCUUAGACUGCAGAUGGUGUGUUACUAACUGCGUCUGUGCGGUCGUGACUAAACUGUGCAAUGAUGGGCUGCAGUGUGUAAAAUCUUGUGUGAUUCAGACAUGAUGUUUUCUUACAACUAAAUAGACAAUUUGGAAACGAGAACUGAAAUCCCUUUUGUUUUUACACCAAUAGAGGAGCAUGUCAUGUUCUGCACUGGCAUUGAACCAAGUAAUUCCGCUGAUAAAAAAUGUGUAUUGAAUGGGCUACAUUGGCUAAGUACUCAAGAAAUGAAACUUUUGCUGAA